UUUUCAUGCGUUUGAAAUUUGAAAGUCUUCAAAAUAUACAUUCAAAAAUGAAAAUUCGUAAUAAUUUUUAUGCUAUGCUUGGAUUAUUGUAGUGAUUUUGAAUGCCAAAGUGAUAUAAAUAAUUUUGACGUUUCGGUGACAUACUUUACAUUCAACAAUUGUAAAUAACUUGUGCGGCGUCCCUUUUUAACCUCAAAUGAAUAAAAUUAUAAUAUAUUAUAAAUAUGCGUAAUUGAGUGCAUGAUCACUGAUUGAACUGAUAAAAAAAAUUAACUGUCACAAUGGCUUCCUAUCAAUCCUUGGAGAAUCUUUUGACAGUGCAAACACAAAAGUUGCAAGAUUUAGAAACAGCUACAGAUUUGAUACAAAGUAAAAGUUUUAUUCAAGAAGAACUUGUCACUGCUUAUGGAGAAGUAUGUUCUAUUGCAAGAGAUAUUCAAGAUUUGAAAGAAGAUGUUAAAAUAAUGAGAGUAGACAAUGAUCGGUGUAAAGACUUAUUAAAUUUGCUGAAAUCUUUGGAUAACCAAAUCAGGCAUAUGGAACAAAAUAUUCCUCUUAAAAUUCAAGAAUAUGUUAAAUCUGAAAUUCCAACUAAUAAUAAUACUGAUGAUAAUAGUUCCAAACCAAAAGAAAAGAAUGAAAAUGCAUCAUUCAAUAACACAACAUUCAAUAAUGCUACAUUCAAUGGCAGUGAUGCCCAGAAUGCCAACAAUACCAUCAAUACCACUGCCACUACAGCUAUGAAAAACUGCAAAAAAACAUUAUUCAAUGAACCUGAAAUACCUCAAAUGAUACCAAUUACUCCAAGUGAAUUUAGUAAACUUCCUAAGUAUAUAAUUGGAAGGCAUACUAUUGAUACUCUUAACAGCUUAGUAUCUAGUAUCAACCAAAUCAUCAAAUCAAAGUAUUCACUAAUUGCUUUGGGGAAAAAUGGAUCCAGAAAAAAAGGAGAGUUAGAUUUGUACUUACAUUACAAAAAAGAACAAAUGAACUUGGGACCAGAUGAAGAAAAUACCUAUUUUUUCACGGCAGAAGAUUAUGAAAAAUACAUCAAAGCAAGACUUGAUAAAACGAAAUUAAAUUUAUUAAUUGCUCUAAGGCAUUGUAAAAAAUUACGUGAGAUCAGAACAACAAAAACUGUAAAUUAUGCAUUAAUUUUACCUAACUAAUAGAUGUCUAUUGUGUAACAAUAACAAUAUAGUCUGAAUUGUGUGAAUGUGCAAAAAAAAGACUUUAAAUUUUAUGAAAUGUUGAAUCUCAAACAUAUAUCCAAAGCUAUAUAGACUUGACUUUAUAAAUUUGGACAACAGAGUGGAUUUAUAUUGUAAAUUUCUAAUGAAAAAUUAUUUGUACAAAGAAAUUGAAAUGUUUCUAACUUUUCAAUACAAUGAUUGCAAUUAUCACUUCAAUAAUUGCAUUAUGGUCUCAUACUAAUAUAAUCAAAUUGUACUAUUAUAAUCAAAGUGUAAUCAUUAAUUUAAGUUGAAAUGUGCAACAACUAGAUGUAUAUCACGAGUCAAAGAACAAAAAUAAAUUUAUAAUCGGCUUUAAAAAAAA